GACGCCCGCCCGAUGAAAAUAAAAAUUCAUUCCGCACCUAUAAUUGCGGGCGUUUAUUUUUUUUAAAUUUAAAUUCUCAUUUAAAAUAAGAAUAUCAUUAAAUGUCUGACGAUGAAUUAAUCACUAUUGGAUAUAAAAUAAUUUCCAAUAGACAGUGUAAUUAUUUUUAUAUAGUUUAAAAAUCAAAAAGAGAGAAAAUGUUGGCCGUAUUGUUACUAAAUAAUAUUGCGAUGAGAAAGCGAAAUGCCAAAAAACAAAAAGUCAUUAAACCUAUAAGAAUUGAAAAGAAGAUUCCCGUAAUAUUGUACUGUCGAACAUGUCUGAGCACACAGGACUUGGUUUCUAUAUUCAUCAGUAAAGAUACGGAGAAAAAGAGGACGGAAGAUCUGAAAUUAGUCACGGGUUUAGAUAUCAGAAUGGACGAUGGGUUAUCACAAAAAAUGUGUAUGAAAUGUUUAGAUUUAAUGAAUACAGCAUUACAAUUCAGAAGAACAAGUCGAAAAGCGGAGAAGACCUUGCUGAACAUGGUGUCCGGACGGAAACCCAAAAAGAAGUACAACACCAGGUUACAAAAGAAAGUUUACAAAGACAAAAAAGUGACAAAGUCGCAGCCUGAUAUAAAGGACAAUGAUGUUCAUUAUGAGGUCUACGACAACGGUUUUCAGAAUGACGAUUCCCACAACUACAGUGAUGACUAUCAAGCUGGUAUUGUCAAUGAUUUUGAUGAUCUCACAAAGAAAGAUGUAAAACCAAAAUUUAAACAGAAGCAAACAACAGGUACAAAGAAGAAACGCUGCAUGAUACCCAAUGCUGCAUCUUAUAAAUGCACCACGUGCAGCAAGGAGUUCCGGAUGAAGGCCACAUACAAGGCUCACAUGAGGUUCCACACCAACUACUGCGUCUGCGAGUCGUGCGGCAAGCGGUGCCGCAACAACAACCAGCUGCAGGAGCACAAGCGCGCGCGGCACGGGCUCGGCCGCAUCCACACGUGCGCGUACUGCGACUACAGCUCCGCCACCAAGGAGGCGCUCACGAUCCACGAGCGGCGGCACACGGGCGAGCGGCCGUACGUGUGCGACCACUGCGGCGCCACCUUCCACCGCCGCUCCAACCUGGUGCAGCACAUCGCCAUACACCUGCCCGACAAGAACUUCCAGUGUGACUUGUGCCCGAAGAGGUUGAAGUCCCGGAAGUUCCUUCAAAUUCACAAGCACAACGCGCAUACUGGCAGGCGGUACGGCUACCUGUGCCCCGUGUGCGACCACCGCUUCGAGAAGCCGAACAAGGUACGCGCCCACACGCGCCGGGUACACGGGCUGCCUGACGACCAGCAGGGACCCAUCGCACGCGUACAGCUGUAGAUCUCAGACAAGAAACCAUGGAAGAAGUCAUAUUAGUACUUAACUGGGCGGAAAGGGAUUGUUGGUAAUGGGGUCUAACUGACCUAUUACUGGGGGGAAAGGGAUUGUUAGUAAUGGAGACAGAAUCCCAUUGCUAGCAACAUACCCAACCAGGUCGACCUCCUCGCGGUUUUCCCUGGAAACUAUUAUGGUUAAAUCCAGAUGAGUUCAUCAUGAUGUGCUAACUGGCCUGUUUUCAUUCUCAUCUAUCACCCUUCACUGGUGCUCCGCCAGCCUAUACCGUUAGCGCAGGCGGGGCUACCAUACCAUUUUCACCCAUCAAAAAAACUCACCGAUUACUAGCAAUAUACCCUGUCAGGUCGGUCCACGCGGUUCCCCCUGGAAACCGUCGUGGUGAAUUCUAAUGGAAUUCGUCACGAUGGGGUACCGGCUGACCUGCUUUCAUCCUCAUUUAUCAUCCUUCACUGGUGCCCCGCCGGUGUAUACCGAUAGCGCGGGCGGGGUUACCAUUCCAUUAUCACCCAUUAAAAAAACCGUUCACAGCUGAACAAAGCCUCCCCCCUUAUGGGGGAGGAUUACCAUCACGGGUUUGAUCGUUUGUAAAUGGAUUCCGAUUUUUAAUAUUAUAACAGAAGGCAAAAGAGAAAGAGGAAGACCGAGGAAUAACUACAUGGCACAGAUAAUAGAAACACUAGGUGUCAUGUCGUAUAGGGAGGUCAAGGAUAUGGCCUGGGAUAGAGCUGGCUGGGGGAAGAUGCAUGAAUUAGUUGCACCGACAAGUGGGAACUAUUAAAUGGAAAAAAAAAUGUUUUUAUGUAAAUAUGUUUAAAUUAUUGUAAAUUAUAUAGCAUUUAAAAAUUAUUGUAAUUUUUAAUACAUAUAUAUAUAUAUAUAUAUAUAUAAAAUCGUAACUGCUCGCUGUCUGUACAUGGAAGAUAUAUAAGAAAAACUAUUAUAGGAGGGCUUUACGAACGCAAUAGAACCCAGAAACAAUGAUUUUUAGAAUUUUGUCUGUUAGUCUUUACGUUUGUGCGCGCUAAUCUCAGAAACGGUUUAACCGAUUUAAAUACAGUUUUCACUAACGCGUCGCGGUUUGCCCCACUUAACAUUUAGUGUUUGUUUUAUUACAAUCGGUUCGUAAAUAAAAAUGUUAUAUCAAUGUAAAGAGUCACAUAUGAAGUGCUAUAAAAUAACCGAUCAGUUGAAUUGGCUGGAACUUUACGAAGGUAUUAGGUGCGUAAUUAUCAUUUAAGUAUAUAAUACAAUGAAGCCUAAGUGAUUGCUUAAGCAAUCAACCCUUCUUUGCAUGAUUUUUUUUUAUUGGUGAAAUAAAUCAAGGCGAUAUAAUUCAUGUUCAAAAUUAAAGGAAAAAUGGUUAAAGAAAUAAAUUUGACAGCUAUGUUUUUUUUCUCUGCAAUGGACAUUAAAAAGGUAUUCAUACACGAUCAACUUAAAGUGAACUUGGUCUUUUGUAUAAUUUUUGGGCGUUCAAUGUUAUGAUGGAAAUUUCCACCGUUAUGCAAAGAAGGGUUAAGAAAUGGUAGCGCUAGUGGGAACUGUUGUAAAUAGCAGGAUACAGUAAUAAAACUUUACAGUAUUCGAGAUAUAAAAUGAAAAGUUUAGUGAAAGAAAUACGAGACAUGUCUUAUAAAAAUCUGACAAAGAACCAACUUAAAAAUAAUACAUUGUUCUAAAAAACCUCAGUGUCAACAGCCAGUAUUAAAACUGCGACAGGAACUAGGAUGGAUGGCCACAAUUGGUACUUUACUAAACCGAUAGUAGUACGAAUCGAUCAUCGACCGAUCGACUGGAGGUUUCGAUUCGUUACUGAUUACAGUCAGCGAGUGCUCCCGGGAUGAUCACAACGAGACAUAUAUAUAUAUAUAUAUAUAUAUACAUACAUAUAUAUAUAUAUAUAUAUAUAUAUAUAUAUAUAUAUACAUAUAUAUAUAUAUAUACUAGCUGACCCCGUAAACGUUGUUUUACCACUUAUUGCGUAAUAUAAAAAUCGCGAUUAAAAUACAGGGGUUGAUCGUAAAACGAUGAAAAUAUAAAGUUGUAUGUAUUUUUCAAUGCUAAAUUAUAAUAAAAUAAAAAUAAAAAAAAAAUAUUUAGGCGUGGUGGGUCACCCUUAUCAUUGAGGGGUAUGAAAAAUAGAUGUUGGCCGAUUCUCAGACCUACCCGAUAUGCGCACAAAAUUUCAUGAAAAUCGAUAAUCCCGUUUCGGAGGAGUUUGGUAACAAACACUGAUUUAAAUUACAGUAUUAUUCGUGUACCUAUUAUUUUAAUAAUAAAAAAUGUAUAUUUAAAUGUACUAUAUUAAUAUUUUACUAAACUACAUGUUGUCUUGGUGAUGUCCAUACCACUGGUUAUUUGUUUAGAAUUAUCUCGUUUAAUUCCGCCACCAUUAGUAUGCGUGCGACUGCCAACAUUCGAAGAAUGACCACCACUGUUACUGCCAGAAGUGCCACAACCUUCCAUAUUAGCAAAGAAAACGUGCGUGGACGAAAUGGCAGUGGGAAUUUGUGUUGGCAGUCAGACAAUAAUGGUAGGGAAAUUAAACAAAAUAAUUUUAAUUAAACGACCAAUUGUGUUUUAAAUUAUAAGAUGGAUAAUGAUUUUUUUAAGUAUAAAUAGAUUUUUUUUUAAUGAAAUGUAAUUAUGUUGUAAUUUUGAAUUACAUUAUAAAUCUUUAUUGUACAAAAUGUAUUAAAAAAAAAUUUACUUUA